CUGUAUCACGGGAGGGGUUACGGUGCUAAUUGUACAAUAGUUAGCACCGUCCUAACCAAGGGAAACACUACUACUAGUUUGAAUUAGUAGUGAUUUAGGUUAGAUGUUGUAUUGAUUUUAUAAUAAUCCGUAGUGAUUUUUGCUAGUUAUCACGGUGCUAACCCCUAUAAGGGUUAGCACCUAAUCCCAUCCCCCUGUAUCACCCUUAUAAGAAAAACCAUUUGAAUUUAAUAUGGAGAAAUAUGAUUUAUUUUGAAGUUUCAUUUUUCAACCACAAAUAUUUUUUUAUAUAUAUAUAAUGAUAUCAAAAGAUAGUAUAUGAGAAUAUUAAUUCAUUAACUUGGUUGUUUACAUGGAUAAUAAUAUAUCUGUACCAACUUAAUUAAAACUAAUAAACUAUCUUACCCUAUGUAAGAUAUUAAUGUUAAACGCAUAAUAAAGAGAAUUCUUAGGGGUGGGUACCCAAAACCUACUCUUUAGUCUUCUUUUCCAGACCGUUCCACUCAGUGGCGGACCCAGAAAUUACAUCAAGGGUGUUCAACAGUGAAACAAAUUUAAUAAAUUUAACAAGAAUUGUCAAAUAAUUUUGAAUUCAAAUACCACCAUUAAUAAAUCAAAAUUUUACAAAGAAAUUUUGUUCUAAAAUUGAACCGACAAACCUACCACCAACCUAGGUGCGCCCCUGGUUCCACUGCCUGCCCAAAACUCCAAGAAAAUGCCACUUUGCCAUCCUCCACCAGAUAGAUAUUCCCCUCUCCUCAUCAUCAUAUCCACUUUUUGCCACCCUUUAGUUUACGCGUAACAAUAAAUCCCUCUCAAGCAAAACACGAAUACUAUACUCCAACUAUACCAAACGCUCAAUAAUAUUCGUCACUAUAAAUACCCAUCUCCCUCAAAUUACUUCUCAUUAUACCCAAUAAGCUCUCUUCCUCUCAUACAAUGGCGCUCUCCAAGCUUGUAAUGGCUUCCCUGCUCCUCUCCCUCUUUGUCCUUCAGCUCGCCCAAGCUGAUUACUCCCCUCAAUCAAUCGAUUGCGGGAGUGCUUGCAAAGCUAGGUGCCAGCUAUCCAGUAGGCCAAACUUAUGCCACAGGGCUUGUGGGACAUGUUGCCGGCGAUGCAGCUGCGUUCCGCCGGGAACCGCCGGCAACUACGACAAGUGCCAGUGCUAUGCCACCUUGACCACCCACGGCGGCCGCCGCAAAUGCCCAUAAGUCGAGAUAUCAUUGCUUAUAAUGAUAAAGUUUGCUUCAGUCACGUGACUUUCACGAGUCAAAACGGAGCUAGUUUGAACGUACGAGGAUGAUGAUGAAUGUUUGUUCUCCAUUUGGUAAAUAAUAAAACGGAUGUGGUCAAAGCAAUAAAAGGAGCUUGCACCUUGUAGUGGUUGCUAUUUGCUGGUAUAUAUCUACGUCAGCAAAGGUUUUAUUUUUUUUUUCUUCCUUUUUUUUUUUGUGUGUGGAAAUAUAUGUCACUGUGUCAUGUUACAAUGGAUGUUGAGGGAUUAAUGAUAUAUAUAUCAUGUUUACUACACUUGUUCUUAGCCAAAAAUUAGCUUAGAAAGGUUAUGUUUAGCUCUAUUUCAUCAAUUGAAAGAACGCUAUUUUACGUUAAUUUACAAAUUAACCAGUAUAUAUAUUUUGAUCGUAGAGUCAUAAGAGCUUUUAUGAUAGGAAUUCCACGUUGAUUUUUAUGAAUGUUGAGUAAAUUCGUGAAAGUGGA